AACGUAACCAUGUUCAUUGUCAAUGCUAUGAACGUAACCUGGCAUUUAUGUUGUCGAAAAAGGAGGGCUUUGAAACCACUUCCACCACACAUUUUAUACAAUUUUUAAAAAGCUUUCUGUAAAGUUAAAUGAGCAGCUAAUAAAUGACGUCAAUUAUAAAGCUGCAGGUCCUUUCAGGAGCCAUGGACGAAUCACCUCCGUCCUAUCUUUUACAGAUAGAUGAUGUAAAAAUAUUGCUGGAUUGUGGCUGGGAUGAGAAAUUUAACAUGGAAUACAUUAAGGACGUGAAAAGAUACGUCCAUCAAAUAGAUGCAGUAUUAAUCUCCUAUCCAGAUACAAACCAUUUGGGAGCCUUGCCAUAUUUGGUAGGCAAGUUGGGCCUGAAUUGCCCAAUUUACACAACAAUCCCCAUAUACAAAAUGGGGCAAAUGUUCAUGUACGAUAUGUACCAGUCGCAGUACAACAUGAAACCGUUCAUGCUGUUUAAUCUAGACGAUGUUGAUACCACUUUCGACAAAAUCAUCCAGCUAAAGUACAACCAAAGCAUUGCUCUCAAGGGCAAGGGCUAUGGACUGACUGUGACCCCUCUGCCGGCCGGCCACAUGAUUGGCGGCACUAUUUGGAAAAUUAUGAAGGCUGGCGAAGAGGACAUCAUCUAUGCCAAUUCGUUCAACCACAAAAAAGAGAGGCAUUUGAAUGGCUGUGAGCUCGAGAAAUUGCAAAGGCCUUCACUAUUUAUCACUGAUGCCUUUAAUGCCAAUUACCAACAGGCUAGGAGAAGAACUAGAGAUGAAAAGCUUAUGACCAAUAUCUUGCAAACACUCAGAAACAAUGGAAAUGUGCUUAUAGCGGUGGACACAGCGGGUCGUGUAUUGGAACUAGCGCACAUGCUUGACCAACUAUGGCGAAAUAAGGAAUCUGGUCUGUUAACGUAUUCCUUGGCCCUUAUUAGCAACGUGGCAUACAACGUAGUAGAGUUUGCUAAGUCUCAGAUCGAGUGGAUGAGCGACAAAUUAAUGCGAAGCUUUGAAGGGGCGCGCAACAAUCCAUUCCAGUUCAAACACCUGCAUUUAUGCCACAGCUUACAGGAAUUGAACAAAGUGCCCAGUCCAAAAGUGGUUUUGGCGAGUAGCCCCGACUUGGAAAUGGGAUAUUCCAGGGAAUUGUUCUUGCAAUGGUGCUCAAGUCCUAAUAACAGCGUUAUAAUAACUAGCAGGACUUCUCCAGGCACUCUGGCAAGAGAUUUGAUCGACAAUAAUGAACCAGGUAGAAAUAUUGAUGUAAUUGUGGAAAGACGUGUUAAGUUGGAAGGGCCUGAACUAGAGGAGUUUGAGAAGAGACAGCGAAUGGCCAAAAUAGAAAAUGUUGGAAAAGAAGAGGACGACUCUGAUUCGGAGAGCGACUUAGAAAUGUCGGUGAUCUCAAAGGGUCGACAUGACAUCGUUAUCAAGCAGGAAGGAAAAGUUAGUGGCGGGUUUUUUAAAGUUACCAAAAAGCACUGCCCAAUGUACCCAUUUAAGGAAGAAAAAAUUAAGUGUGAUGAAUACGGAGAAAUCGUCAGGCUGGAGGACUACAAGCUGGCUGAUAUCAAUCCGGAAGUAGAGGAUAGCAAGGAACAUCUAAUCAUCAAAGAGGAGGAAGACGACGACAUUAUUGAAGUUCCCGAAAUUCCCUCAAAGUGCAUAGCCUUGGAAAGGACCAUUCAAGUCAACUGCCAGGUCCAGUACAUUGAUUUCGAAGGGCGCAGUGAUGGGGAGUCUUUGACCAAAAUCCUCUCCCAGCUAAGGCCCAGGCGUGUUAUCGUGGUGCACGGUUCUCCGGAAAAAACCGAAAUAAUAGCUAAACAUUGCCGAGAGAAAAUCGAAGCUCGGGUCUUCACACCACAUCGAGGAGAAGUAAUAGAUGUUACGAGUGAAAAUCACAUUUACCAGGUGAGACUCACUGAUGCUCUAGUAUCACAGCUGGACUUCCAAAAGGCUAAAGAUGCCGAGGUUGCCUACAUUAACGCUCAGAUUCUAAUCCGGGAGUCCCAGGCGGAUGCCAAACGCCUUUCGGCAGAUAAUGAGUUAAUGGAAGUUGAAGAAGAAGAUGCGGGAGAACUGACCUUAGAGCCGCAUAGCGAAGAGGAGGAUCAUGAGCCAGUGUUUGUGAACGAGGUGAAACUGUUGGAUUUCAGAAACGUGCUGGCCAAGGCCAACUUGCCGUCUGAAUUUUCCGGAGGCGUUUUGUGGUGUUGCAAUGGAACGGUUGCGGUCAGAAAGCUCGAUACUGGAAAGAUUGUCUUGGAGGGCUGCAUUUCAGAGGAAUAUUACAAAGUCAAGGAGCUGCUGUAUGAACAGUUUGCUAUUCUGUAGGGACAAUAUCCCCUCUGGUUCGUUGGCUGUACAAAUACGUUAUAAGUUUUCUUGUUUAGGUAUUUUCUAGACAAUUCUUUUGUAUACAAUAUAGUGGGACUAUUCUUUCAA